CUCGGCAGGAGACGGGAGCCCGCCCGCCAGUUUCCUGCAUGGGCGCCAGGAAUUUAUUGUGCCCGCCCGGUGAUGAACAUCGGACGGUGCGUCAGCGUUAAUUGAAUAAAUGUGGCCACUUUGGUCCGAUAGUUCUUAGCUUGUGUGGAUGUUGUGUCGGACUCUCUUUGGGUCUACAGCAAGCACUUGCAGCUGCAGCGAGUCUUGAUGCCAGGCCGAUGCUGUAGCUGUCCGAGUUAUCACGUACACGUUCACGUGUGUAUUAACAAUACUAUCGGCCAGCUGCUCCUGCAUAGAAUGACACAUGUUAUGACUCGCGCUUACUAGUCGUGAGCGUGACGGAGACGAGCGCUAGCUUGAGGAAGUUGGUUUACCAAAUCUGUGACAAUUAAGAUCGCAGUCUGAGAGAUAGCACCAAAAGCGCAGCCAUCUUCGCAAACAAGACUAUCACGCUUUUCCUGAUGUCAUGUGGCUUCGAGACUAAACACAAUCAUAAGUACCGUGAAUGGUUGUGGUUGAACUUUUCGACAUUUUUGGGCCCAUCAGCCCUAGCUCCGUCUCGGAUCAAUUUCAAUAUCCAGUUUGGACUGUGCGCUUCCAGAAGGAACUAAAGAUUCGCGGAUGCACGAUCUUAAUGAGAACUAUGCUUGCUGGAGGAGUGCUUUGUCUUUCAAACGUCAGAAGUUCCAUGCCACUAAACACAGAGGGCGUUAGUAGAAACUGCUGGAUCGCUCGAGGACGCUGCCCAACUGUAUAAUAUGGCACUCGUUUGACGCUUCGGUUUGGUGUAGGACGCCCCCUCUGAAAUCUCCGCAGCGGGCAUCAUCCCCUGCCUAUUCGCGAUUCGGGUUUUCCUGCGGGCGUGCAGAAGACAAAAUGGCGUCCGCUGAGGAAUAUGUCGUGCAAUGGGCCACGAGGCUUUUCAACGAAUUGGAGAAGGGAGGGGAGACGGUGCUAACGUCUACUGCUGGCGUUUCAGUAUAAGAUACUUGUUUGCUCAAUCUAGCUACUCCUGCAACGUCUGCAUGUCGAUUGUUAAGGUGCGAUUUUAUAAUGGUGUCUGAACAUCAAGAAGAGGAUGAGCAUGUAGGUACUUAUUACUUCUGUCUGACGGCAAAGAAAAACGUGGACGUUCCCUACAACCACUUUUUAACCCUAUUAACCACAGCCACCCAUGGAGAUGAGCAACGAUAGUGCGCGGGCACUGGAGCGACUUGAGGAACUCAUACGGCAUAAAGUCGCUUCGAGCGCAAGUCCAUCGGCGCCACCCGUUGUUCCGCGAGAUUUUGCCAAGGAGGAAAAGCAGCAGGCAGACUCGCCUUUGCUUCUCCCGAAUCCAGUGCCGUCUGCUAACAAUCCAAGAAGCCGCCCGUCGCCAACCUCCGCGCAGCAGGUGCGUGUUUCAUCCCAUAAGGCUAAGGGCUUCACUAGACUGCCCGCGUGCCACAACUAACGCUAGUAAGCUCUAGACGUUGACGACUACCAAAGAAACUGAAUCUGAGUUUACAUUUACAUUUGGCUGAUGACGUCUUACCGGAAGGAGGUCGAGGUGACACACAUUUUUACACUCGAUGAUUCAUUGUAUGGUAUGCUCGGGGCCAAUCCUUCAAAUCGUGGCUUAGUAAUUCUAAUUAUAUUAGAUUACGCCAUCAAACAGGAUGUCACAACAAAUUAAUGCGCUCGAGUGUGCGUCCACUCGAGAGGAACGAUGAGAAAAGACAUAAUUCCAAUGUCACGGGCAAAAACAAAGAUGAUGAUGAUGAUGACCAUCAAACGGGUACAGCUACAGGUUGGAGUGGCGGCGGCUUUGGAACAACAACACGUUUUGCGCCCGCCCGAGCAACUACAGAGCAAAACCGCUCGUGCACGAUCCAGAUCGAGCCAAGCGUCAAGAAAUCUAACGACACCGUCUUCAGCGUCCCAGCAGGCGCGGACGAAGAAACCUAACGAUACCUCCUGGAUGCAGGAUCUACCCUAUGCGAGACACUUACAACGGCAGCUUUUGAAAAGUCAGCCGGAUAAAGACGCCCGACAGCCCUACUCCGUGCUGCCCCCAAGCGGCGCGACAAUAAAAAGUGGUCCCUCGUCCAGCAGCGCCGCGGCCACUCCGAUGCGAGUACGAGCAGCAGCCAGUCCAAGCCCGCGCGUUUUUCUAGUAUCGCGCAGCAGCGGCGCUGGGGUCGUCGCGCAAGCCAGUUCUGCUUCCGCCCCGCAGCGUGACGGUACCGACGGCGGAGGUACUGUGACCGUGAGCACUUUGAGAGCGGGCAAUAUUGGCGAUAAUUCUGGUUGUUCGACGAGUCUCUCUUUAGCCUACAAGCGGCAACACCUCCGUGCACCGCAAAGACCUCCUGGUCCCCGAAAUAAACCACCAAGCAACGCGCGAGCCCGGCCGGGGAGCGCGACGCGUCCGGGCGGGGCUCGUAGCAGCGCAAGUAAUCCGUGGCAGAACAUCAAUACCGUGGUCACGGUCGCACCAUCUGCUUCCGGCGCACCGGGAAGUGGUUCUAUGGUGGUCGCCGGCGAGUCGCCUGGAACUUCUUCUACACGAAGAUCUGGACAACCGGCGCAGUUCGUCAAAAGCACUCCCCCGCAAAAGAACAAAUCCAGAGGAGGAAAUACAGAGGCAGACCCAGCGGGAGUAGUUGCAGGUGAACAAGAGAAAAAUCCUCAGCCAGGAGCAUCAGAGGAGAAGAGCGAUAAUGCGACCACGCUGCGAGGAUCACGAAGCAAAGGCCUGCUCUUGUCGGAGUCAGCGACAGUAUCGAUGUCCACGCCGAGGCAGCAGCAAGCUGUGGCCACGUUGAAGUCCGGCGUCGAGUCCCGUAUCAAAUGCAAAAAUGUCCGGGUCUGGAAGAAUCCGAACUUGUGAUGCUGCAUUUGGAUUCCAAAAAAAUCUGUAUUGCAUAAGUAGCAAAGGGAAUGCAAUUUUGGCUACGCGGUGAGGGCAUUUCCAUUUGCCAUGCGGAAUAGGCAUCGCAGAGCCCUCAAAAAGUCUGUGACGCUAGGGCAUGCAUCACAGACAUCAUGGCCCAUGCAAAACGUGCAUGACAAGUCUCAGAAUCUUCCAGACCCAGACAUUUUUACAUUUGAUAUCCCGGAUCGAGCGGCAACUGCGUAGUCCAGAGUUCAAGCAGCGACUGGCCUCCUCGACGCCACCGCGUCGGGGCGGUACUAGAGGGAACGAGAAAGACAAAGACGAGGAUGAAUUUCGGCUGCUUCUGGUACCACCAACUGCCAGUCGUGGGGCAACUGCGUCGACUGAAGUCGCCGGCAGCGCGACAUCAGCUGUAAGUGACAACCUCCGAACCCCGAAAAAGGGGGCUGGUGGUGCUGCUGGCGAUGCGGGUGGGGAUGCCGACGACCCAGAAAAGGUAUACCUACAUACAUUUCCGCAGGCGUUUUUUCUCGUAUAGAUUAAUUUGAUUUUGCGGUUUUCCAAUGGAAUAGCAAGAGGUAUACGUAAUCGCACUGUUUUCCGCGACAUCAGCCGAACGACAACGAAUCUACAAAACGACGUCAGCCUUUGACGCGCCGGGAGCGGCUUUUGGAAAUGGAGAGGAUUGGUGCCAGAAUGCAGGAAAUACUGGAUGCCCAGAUGGACUCUCUCAAUAGAGCCGUAGUCUCCAGGCGCGGUCUUUCUGCCGCUGCACACCACGCACAGCUGUACAACGCGAGCCAGACGAAUCGUAUGCGGAGCGCUGAGUAUUCAUUCUCGACAACCCGGCCGGGACUCAAGUAAAAAGAUACGGAUUCAGCCGUUCGGGUGAUGCACAUUUUGUGAAUUUGAUUUGAUUUGACUUUGUUUGAUGGUUUCUUUCAGUUUUGUUUUUUUGGGGUGCGCCCUGUUUCCGGGCGAACUUGCUUGCUGAAGGCUUCAACAAUUUGACUUGUGAUUGUACAUCGAGCUUUGUUUGUGAUGCUGUUUGACUUGUUUCAGGACCGAGCUGCAUGCGGGCUACAAGAAAAUUACUGAUAAUAUGGGCAUUGAUUUAUUCGAGUGCGUACUAUCGUUUGACACGAAUACUUGCUACACCUAAAGAUGCAUAUCUGAUGAUGCGAGAGUAACAGUGCAGGUAUUUAACUCAUGAUGCGCAAUCGCAAGUAGCAUGAUGCAUGUCCUCAUGGACGGAAAUAUGCGGAGAAAUAAGGAUUGAGCGAUGCGACGUUUCUAUACUGCAAUCAAGGCGGUAUCUAAAU